CGACAUACUUCAAUUCAGACACCCUACGCUGUGGUAUCACAAUGAGUGAUUGCAAAUAAGAACACUGCAAAAUCUUCGUAUUGCUGGCAAGCACCCCUACUUUCAUCCCACCCCGCCAUGGCCGAAAUUGAACGUUCCUCCGUUGACCGUAAACAACGGAUUCUCUCGCGGCGAGAAAUUGAGGGAUUGAUUGCCGAGGGUCGACACAUUGUUAUCUAUGAAGGACGAGUGUUAAAGACAGAUGCAUGGUUGCAAUAUCACCCGGGGGGCAAGAUCUCAAUACAGCAUAUGGUUGGCCGUGAUGCGACGGACGAAAUCAAUGUAUUACACUCUGUAGAAGCGCGUCAACGCAUGCUGUCAUAUCAAAUCGGACGUAUACAAGGACGAUGGAACAAUUUCCUCCCCCCAAUUCAAGGUGGACAAUUUCGCUUUUACAAUAAAGAUGAGCCGUCUGCGUCAGAUGACUCGAGUGACACCAGUUCACGUCCUUCUUCCCCUGUUUUUGACGAACCGAUUGAUGAAAAUACUGGAUUGCGACGGAGGAAUUCUGUAUCAACUGUGGCGUCGUCUAUCCCACCCACACCCUCUCACGAUGAAAAGUCAGAGUCCCGGUUUUCGUUUCUCGAUGCCCGAACUCGGCAAGAAAUUGUACUAGACAUUGCAAAAUAUCCCGCUCUUGAUGCGCGCUCGCAGGAUUUUAUUGUUCAAAAAUACCGCGAAUUGGAGCGGAAGAUUGAAGCUAAAGGCCUGUAUACUUGCAACUACUGGGCUUAUUUCAGAGAAUGCUGUCGAUACUCUUUGUUUGCCGCCCUCAGUUAUAUUUUUCUUCAAUGGGGCUGGUAUAUGCUGUCUGCAUUUUUCCUCGGGUGCUUGUGGCACCAGCUCGUCUUUACGGUACAUGAUGCUGGUCACAUGGGCAUUACUCAUUAUUUACAGGUGGACUCGACCAUUGGCAUGACCAUUGCCAGCUACAUUGGCGGGUUGAGUCUGUGCUGGUGGAAACACAAUCAUAACGUCCAUCAUAUAGUUACGAAUGCGCCUGAGCACGACCCAGAUAUUCAACACUUGCCAUUCUUCGCAAUCUCACAUCGACUACUGACCAAUCUUCGCAGCACGUAUUACGGGAUUGUCAUGAAAUACGAUUUUGCUGCCAAGAUCUUCCUACGAGUUCAAAAUUAUCUAUACUACCCCAUUAUGCUCUUUGCGCGGUUUAAUCUAUAUGCCUUGAGCUACGGGCACCUUUUCGGCGGGAAAGGUCCUAAAAAGGGCCCAUCCUGGUGGCAUAGAUGGUAUGAAAUUGGUGGAGUCCUAUUCUUUUGGACCUGGUUUGGAUAUGGAGUUUUAUACCGCUCGCUCCCCAACUGGUCAACACGUAUUGGCUACCUUCUCAUAUCACAUAUGGUCACAUCACCGCUCCAUGUGCAAAUCACGUUGUCUCAUUUCGCCAUGUCGACCGCUGAUCUGGGAGUCAAUGAAUCUUUCCCGCAAAAAAUGCUUCGCACAACCAUGGACGUCGACUGUCCUACCUGGUUGGAUUUCUUCCAUGGUGGUCUUCAAUUCCAAGCAAUUCAUCAUUUGUUUCCACGGAUUCCACGUCACAAUCUUCGAGCGACCCAAAGACUCGUCCUAGAGUUUUGCCGCGAAGUUGAGAUUCCUUACGCCAUCUUUACCUUUGUGGAUGGUAACAAGGAAGUGAUUUCACGUCUGGCCGAUAUUGCGAAGCAGGCAAAAAUGAUGGAAGAGUGUAGGAAGUCGAUUGCUCGAGAAGGUGUUUUUUCUGGUCACUAAGCAUCGGUCUACUUGAACGUACCUCGCUUUAUUCUGAAAGAGGGGUUGGAAAACAUCACCAUGAUCUUCUGAACCCGGGGCCCUGAUGGCACUUCACGAUAUAGACCUCAAAUGAACUUGUAUUUGAUAUUAUGGAUGUAUAUAGUCACAUCUUCUGCGUGAAAUAAACAAGACUCGAUGAGCCUC